CUUUUCUUCCUAUAAUAAAAUUCCAUUAAAAUUUUAUCAAAAAAUAAAUGACAAGCAACGACGGGGCAGAAAAAAUGAAGCUAACACUAAAAGAAUCUUCAAUAAUAAAACCAUCCAAAACGACACCGUAUAAGCAACUAUGGAACUCAAAUCUUGAUUUGGUGGUGGGUCGGAUCCAUAUAUUGACUGUUUACUUUUAUAGGCCAAAUGGGUCUUCAAAUUUCUUUGAUUCUAUGGUGUUAAAGAAAGCACUUGCUGACGUUUUAGUCACUUUUUUUCCGAUGGCCGGACGGUUGGGUAAGGAUGAUGACGGUGAUGAUGGCAGAGUUGUAAUUAAUUGUAAUGGAGAGGGUGUUUUGUUUGUUGAAGCUGAAGCUGAUUGUUGCAUUGAUGAUUUUGGUGAGCUUACUCCGUCGCCGGAGUUGAGGAGGUUGGCACCGACCGUGGAUUAUUCCGGCGAUGUAUCUUCUUAUCCGUUGGUUAUUACACAGGUCACACGUUUCAAGUGUGGUGGAGUUUCUCUUGGCUGUGGACUGCACCAUACGUUAUCUGAUGGCUUAUCAUCCCUUCACUUCAUCAACACAUGGUCCGAUACAGCCCGAGGCUUAUCUGUUGCAAUUCCACCAUUCAAUGACCGUACUCUUCUUCGAGCCCGUGACCCACCAACCCCAUUGUUCGACCACGUCGAAUACCACCCACCACCGUCGAUGAUCACUACAACAAAAAUACAAAAAUCGCCGUCUGCUUCAACUUCCAUCCUACGGCUCACCCUUGAUCAAAUUAACGUUCUUAAAUCAAAGGGGAAAGGCGAUGGUAGCAUGUACCAUAGUACAUACGAGAUCCUAGCCGCUCACCUAUGGCGUUGUGCUUGCAAAGCGCGUGGACUUGUAGACACUCAACCAACCAAACUUUACGUGGCUACUGACGGACGGUCAAGAUUGAUCCCUCCACUCCCUCAAGGAUACCUCGGGAAUGUUGUUUUCACAGCCACUCCCAUUGCUAAAUCAGGAGAGUUUAAAUCCGAAUCAUUGGCCGACACUGCAAGGAGAAUCCACAAGGAGUUGGCUAGAAUGGAUGAUCAGUACCUUAGAUCAGCUAUCGAUUACUUGGAGACGGUACCUGAUCUUCAGGCCCUUGUUCGAGGGCCGACCUAUUUUGCUUGUCCUAAUCUCAAUAUAAACAGUUGGACUCGGUUACCAAUAUAUGAAGCAAACUUUGGUUGGGGUCGACCUAUUUUCAUGGGACCCGCAAGCAUACUUUACGAAGGUACAAUUUACAUAAUACCAGACCCUAGUGGUGAUCGUAGCGUGUCUUUGGCAGUGUGUUUGGACCCUGAUCACAUUGCUUUGUUUGAAAAAUACCUGUAUGAUUUCUAGUGAUAUAACUAGACAUGAAUGUUAGAUGUAAAAACACUUGUUUCAACUCCUGUUUUUUCAAUAUUUCAAUCUAAUGUUACUUAUUUAGUA